AUGAGAUGGCUCUUGUAAUCAAAAGAGAAAGCCAGCUUUUUCUACCCAUAAGUUGUAAUCCAUAGCUUUGUGAGAUGAGAAGAUCUUGCUACAGUAUACCACCGGUGCACGGAACGAUGAAAAGGUCCCUCCCAAUUUCUCUAUCUCAUAUACUGCUAGCCUUUUGCUUGCAUCUCUUGUGUUUCGUGGAUAGAUGCAAAGCUCAAGCUGCAAGUAAUGCUACAACAGACCCGUCCGAAGUGAGAGCUUUUAAUGCCAUUUUCCAACAAUGGAAUCUUUCUGCUUCUGAUGAAUGGAACAUAAGCGGAGAGCCAUGUAACGGGAUCGCCGUUGAUUCAUCAACUAUCAGCAACCCUGGGAUCAAAUGUAAUUGCUCAUCCAACGGUGGAUCCACCUGCCACAUAACCCAAAUCAAACUGCAAGGGUUGCAGCUGAGAGGGGUAAUUCCGGAAGAGCUUCAAAACCUGACUUUCCUCACGGAUCUGGUUCUAAGAUCAAAUAACUUCUCUGGUUUGCUUCCAUCUGAACUGAGGCUUUUGCCAAGUCUGCAACAACUAGAUGUAAGCUCAAAUAACUUCUUUGGUUCAGUCCAGUUGGGUAAUCUGCCAAGUCUACAGCAACUGAACAUAACCCACAACAGCUAUGCUGCAGAGCUCCCACCUGAGCUGGGGAAUUUGUUAAGUCUGCAACAACUGGAUAUAAGCCACAAUAACUACUCUGGUUGGCUACCACCUCAGUUGGGGGAAUUUGUCAAGUCUGCAGCAAUUGAUAUAAGCCACACUAACUUUGCUAAUUGGCUCCCACCAGAGUUGGGGAAGUUGUCAAGUUUGCAACAAUUGGAUAUAAGCUCCAAUAAUUUCAUUGGUACGCUCCCACCUCAACUGGGGAAUUUAGAAAGUCUGCAACAACUGAAUAUAAGCUACAAUAACGUCAAUGAUUCACUCCCACUUGAACUGGGGAAUUUGGCAAGUCUGCGACUACUGGCUAUAAGUGCAAAUAACUUCUCUGGUUUGCUACCACCUGAGUUGGGGAAUUUUACAAGUCUGCAAGAACUGUUUCAAGUCCAACCAGUUGCACCGAAGUUACUGACCACCCAGUGA